UGCAACAAACAAUAGAAGGUCGUGUCACUGCCUCAGUCACUAACCCACACAAAAAUUCAAAAACAAGGAUAAUUGUAUUUCAAUAGCUGCAAAACAAUAAAACAAACAAAAUAGACAGAAUGAAAGUUUUAUUUAAAUGUUUUGUUAUCCUGGUUGUAACAGCAGUGUGCAACGUCAAGGCUGGAAAAUAUUUAGAAGAGAAACCCGAUAUUUUAAUACCCUGUCAGUUGCAGGAUACAGCUUUUAGCAAAUGUUUUGGUCGAAACUUUCAAGCGAUUUUUCAUGAGUGGAAAGAUGGUAUACCUGGCUUUAAGGAAGGUGGUUCCUUUGAUCCUUUAUAUGUAAAGCGUAUUGUUAUUGCUCAAAAUGACAAUAAUCCUUUGGCUAUAAAUGCUGAUUUGAAAAAUAUGGUUAUAACAGGAGCCAGUGGCAUAGUGGUAAAGGAUGCCCAUUUCAAUCCCAAUACAUUAUUUUCAAAAAUUAAACUUUUUGUGCCAAAAUUACGCUUUGACACGGAUUACAAACUUAAAGGACAUAUUAUAAAUUUGGCUAUAAAUGGUAAUGGCAAGGCUUUCUUUGAAGUAGAAAAUUUCACCAUGUUACUCAACAUACAGUUGAAACUACGUGAUGAACACGGUUACACAUUUACCGAUAUCGAUAAAUUAAAACUGGAUAUUUUAGAAGUUGGUGGCUUUCGUGUACGUUUCGAUAAUCUUUUCAAUGGCCAACAGGUUUUGGAGGAAAGUACAAAUGCUGUAUUUAAUGAAAAUUGGCGUGACUUUUUCGAAGUUUUACGACCAGCUAUAACAGGUUCGGUUGAGGCUGUCAUGAAAGAUCGUUUGUCUAAGGCCUACGGUUAUAUACCGGCUAAUUAUUUUAUUGAAGAUAUACCCAGAGCUGCCGAACAUAGCGGUUAAUAAUUCGGUAAUAGUUUUUAGUAAAAUAUUAAGUAGUUAUUAAAUAAGAUUUGGAAAUAGAUAAAAUAAAUAAAUCAUAUAUAAGUGUUAUCAUAUUCAGCUAUGCCGAAUCUAAUCAUUAAAUCAUAAGUCGUAAAGAAUAAAAAUAAUUUCGAAUGUGGACCCAUAUAUUGACUGCGAUCAUUAGAAUAAUAUGAACGCUAUUGGCAUAAAGCCUUCA